GGGCCGGGGUCGGGGCCGGGGCCGGGCGCGCAGGCCGCGGCGGGCGGGGAGCGGGCGGCCGAGGAGCCGGGGGCGGCGGCGCUCCUGCGCGAGCCCGUCUACAACUGGCAGGCCACCAAGCCCACGCUGAAGGAGCGCUUCGCCUUCCUCUUCAACAACGAGGUGCUCUGCGACGUGCACUUCCUGGUGGGCAAGGGGCUCGGCGCGCAGCGCAUCCCGGCGCACAGGUUCGUGCUGGCCGUGGGCAGUGCCGUCUUCGACGCCAUGUUCAACGGGGGGAUGGCCACCACAUCCACCGAGAUCGAGCUGCCCGACGUGGAGCCGGCCGCCUUCCUGGCGCUGCUCAAGUUUCUCUACUCGGAUGAGGUUCAGAUCGGACCCGAGACGGUCAUGACCACGCUGUACACAGCCAAGAAGUACGCGGUGCCCGCGCUCGAGGCCCACUGCGUGGAAUUCCUGAAGAAGAACCUCCGGGCUGACAAUGCGUUCAUGCUGCUGACGCAGGCGCGACUCUUCGACGAGCCUCAGCUGGCCAGCCUGUGCCUGGAAAACAUCGACAAGAACACAGCCGACGCCAUCACCGCCGAGGGCUUCACCGACAUCGACCUGGACACGCUGGUGGCCGUGUUAGAGCGGGACACCCUGGGCAUCCGGGAGGUGCGCCUGUUUAGCGCCGUCGUCCGCUGGUCCGAGGCCGAGUGUCAGCGGCAGCAGCUGCCCGUGACCCCCGAGAACAAGCGCAAGGUGCUGGGCAAGGCGCUCGCCCUCAUCCGCUUCCCGCUCAUGACCAUCGAGGAGUUUGCCGCAGGGCCCGCGCAGUCAGGCAUCCUCGUGGACCGCGAGGUGGUCAGCCUCUUCCUGCACUUCACCGUCAACCCCAAGCCGCGUGUUGACUUCAUCGACCGGCCACGCUGCUGCCUCCGGGGAAAGGAGUGCAGCAUCAACCGCUUCCAGCAGGUGGAGAGCCGCUGGGGCUACAGUGGCACCAGCGACCGCAUCAGGUUCUCAGUCAACAAGCGCAUCUUCGUGGUUGGCUUCGGGCUCUACGGCUCCAUCCACGGGCCCACGGAUUACCAAGUGAACAUCCAGAUCAUCCACACGGACAGCAACACUGUCCUGGGCCAGAAUGACACAGGCUUCAGCUGUGACGGCUCCGCCAGCACCUUCCGGGUCAUGUUCAAAGAGCCGGUGGAGGUGCUGCCCAACGUCAACUACACGGCCUGCGCCACGCUCAAGGGCCCGGACUCCCACUACGGCACCAAGGGCCUGCGCAAGGUGACCCACGAGUCCCCCACGACGGGGGCCAAGACGUGCUUCACCUUCUGCUACGCAGCUGGCAACAACAAUGGCACGUCCGUGGAGGACGGCCAGAUCCCCGAGGUCAUCUUCUACACCUAG